GUUGUAUUUUGCAAAAAGUGCUGAAAUAACAGGAAUCCGUUCAGAGACCAUUUCUGUGCCACAAGAAAUACAAGCCCUGCAGCUGUGGAAUGAGAUAGAAACGCGGCAUCCGGGAUUGGCCGAUGUCCGAAACCAGGUGAUACUGGCUGUUCGUCAGGAGUAUGUCGAGCUUGGAGAUCAGCUCCUCCUGCUGCAGUCAGGAGACGAAGUUGCCAUCAUCCCCCCCAUCAGUGGAGGCUAGUGCUGGGGAGCCCCUUGAGUAUGGGAGGAAAGGUGUGAACGAAGGGGACGAGAAAUCUAAGGACGUAAUAAAGUUCACGGCUGAGAAGCUGUCGGUCGAGGAGGUCUCACAGUUGGUGACUUCCCCCCUCUGUGGUGCGGUGUCCCUGUUUGUAGGGACCACAAGAAAUAACUUUGAAGGGAAAAAAGUCGUCAGCUUAGAAUACGAAGCAUACGUGCCGAUGGCUGAAAACGAAGUCAGGAGGAUUUGUAGUGACAUGAGGCAGAAGUGGCCAGUCAGGCACAUCGCCGUGUUCCAUAGACUGGGCCUGGUGCCCGUGUCCGAAGCCAGCAUUGUCAUCGCCGUGUCCUCGGCCCACAGAGCCGCGUCCCUCGAAGCCGUGAGCUACGCCAUCGACGCGCUGAAAGCCAAGGUGCCCAUAUGGAAGAAGGAAAUGUAUGAAGAACCAUCAUCAUCAUCUUGGAAAAGAAACAAAGAGUGCUUUUGGGCCACAGCCAGUGAUUAAACCACUCGUUCUUCGAGUUCUAAAGUUGAAAUUUGGUCGGCUUCUCCGGGAUCACAUUUGGAGUUUUCUCCUCUGGAAAUUAAGAUUGUUUAGGCUGAGGUCUCACACUGGACCUGGAAAUAGAGGAGAUGUUUGGGGAGAAAGGGAAGAGUAAUUUAAAUGUGAGGAAAGAUGUCAGUGAUAGACGGAUCAUUCCACAACUCAGUUCAGGUUGUGACUGGACUCACUGAGGGCCGCCCUGGUCACUGACUGUCCCUCAGAACCCAGUCCGUCCCCCACCGCCACAUCCCGUGAUAUCACUGUUUUCAGGGGCCGAUGGGAGAACUGGAGGGUGUACAAAGUCCUCAGACAGUCUUGAUCUAUUUUUAGAAUUUAUAUAUUUUAAAAAAUAAGUCAAAUAAA